CCGAAUGGUUUGACCCUCUCUGUAUAUAAAGAUGACCUGUGCCGUCACAACGUAGAUGUCAUUGUUAAUGCAGCCAAUGAAGAUCUGAAACAUAUUGGGGGUUUGGCAAAAGCUAUUCUGGAUGCAGCAGGACGUAAACUCCAAGAUGACUGCAAUCAGAUUAUCAGGAAAGAUGGAAAAUUGUUCACUGGAGAUUCAGUAAUUACUGACGCAGGGAAAUUGCCGUGCAAACAAAUAAUACAUACAGUCGGCCCUCGAUGGGGGAUGCAAAUUCACGCUCCAGAUGUGAACGGCUUCUACGGAGGGCAAUUACCACCAGUUUAG